CAUGAAUAAGAAUCUGAAUCAAUACAUAUUGUUCAUUCUGUCUGCCGAUGGCAAUUAUAUCAAUAUUAUAUUCAAAUAGUACACGGAGUUCAUUACUGCAUUUCAAGUUUGACACGCGCGGUGAGCCGCGCACUUUUGUUGGAUUUGAACUAUACGAAAAUCAAAUUAUGAAUCGAGCGCUACUAGGGCGCUCACUUAGCGCUUAGUUACCAGCCAACUUUACUUGUUAUGAUUUGUACCUCUUAGUGUGACCUGGAUCAGAAUAUUUUCUUCGACUUCAGUUUUCAAAAUGAGAACAUGAGUGGAAGCAGGACAGAAAUGUUCGCAGGGUUAACUGUAACACGACAGUUAAGACCACUUGGUUCCGAUGGCUUCCGCAGGAGAUGUUGGUUGCACAUGAGAGCCAGGUUCCCUACUCUCGAAGCGGUUCCCGAAAUAAAACGAGCUGUGGCACGUUUCUGCCAUAUCGAGGAAAGUGGCGUACACUCUGAUUGGGUGAGGGAGGUCCAGCUACGAUAUAAGAAAUAUGCUGUUGACAAGAAAUGCAAGAGGAAGGGGGCAGCAGUGAAGCAGAGAGCAGCAUCGGAUCAUCCCCCAGUUACUGCUGCUGGUACCCAGACAGAUCCACUGCACGCAUUGCACUGCAAGGAUUGUGUGACCAAUGCCAUGCGGCAUGUCCUGGACGAAAAGGCGGCGGAAAUUGCGGAGAUGAGGACCAAUCUCCUCCUCCACCAAGCACCCUCUCCGACCCCAGCACCCGUCAGCAGUAUCCUGAUCAGAACCCCUGACCCCAUCCGCUCUCGCUCGCGAACUCCCUCCGUCAGUUCAAAUGGGCCAGGACCGUCCCGUUCCAGUCACGGUACACCAGUCUGUGCUGUGCAACCACGAUCACGGAUUAAUUCAGCAGCAUCCAGUAUCAGUGCGGACAACUGGGGGCCCGAAUCUGUCAUAGAAGCCAGAGUCCGCAUGGCUGCUGAGAGGAAAAAAAAAGGCCUCUCAAAAGAAGCUCACUGCGACUGAGAUUUUCCGACAGCGUUGGGGAGGUUCAGUUUAACUAUAAAACUUGUAAAUACACUGAAUUUAUUAUUAAUUUUUGAAAAAUUAUGUGAUGUUUGUUCCGUGAUACUAACUUUUUUUUGUGACACUAAUUCAUUAACUCUAUUUGUGAUACUAAUUUAUUAACUAAUUUUAUGAUACCAAUUUUGUGACACUAAUUUUGAUAGACUGUGGGAUACUGAAGGGAAAAGAAGCAGUUCUAACGAGCUCUUCUCAAACACAAGGAUAUAUCUUGUGAACUUGGCUGGUAUAUAUGAAACAUUUGACACGGAGUUGUAGAGUGAGCUAUGUGCCUCGCCAGGGCUAAAGUAGUGAAUGACCUUGCUGUACGGCAAGUUAAACAAGGAUCUGAAACUACUAGGUUCCGUACAGGCUCAACUCUACACCCGUGCCAAUAUGUUCAUAUGAAAGCCUCUUGAUUUAUACUAAUAAUUCUUUAAUUCUUUUUGCUCGCUUUCUUUUCACCCUUCCCCCUCUCUCGAUAUUUCAUCAAUUAUCACAUCCCAACAUUUGAAAUGUUUUCAAGUAAAGUUUAGCCUCAAGAACUUAACCUUCACGGACAUUAUAGUAACAAAAUGCUUUGCCCGUGUGUUCUCUGUCAACAAGAGAAUGAAUUGUCCGACCGUACGGUAAAGGAACAUCUGCUCUCAUUCGGUCACAUGAAGAAAACACUGUUGGCUGAUUUUAUCAAACAUACCGAUCCGGGAGACAAACUUUUUCACCACGUGCUGAGGUAAUUUACUAAUAAGACACAGGCUGUCUGCAUCUUUGACUAUAAAACAUCAUCAGUCGUAACUUGAGUAGGAUCAGAGUGGGUUGAGUGUAGCACUUUAAAAGGAUAUUUAAGAGCUGAACUUGUGAAUAUUAAACAUCUGAAGGUGAUCAUCCGUGUAAUCCUGCAGGUCGUUACUAGAUAAGUGCUUUGAAGAGGGAGCAACCUUUGAGGUGAAGGGUUCACAGGGAAAACCCCUCCUCAUCACCACUAUCAUUAAGCCGCACAAGGAAAUAAAAACUCCUGCUGACAGUGUUAAAAGGAAGCACACUCAUGUCUUCAAGGAUAUAGUAGAGAGCCAGGUAUCCUGAAUAACGUUAUCGGUAAUAAGUUAAACUGUAUAUCACUUCCGCAGUUUGCCAUCAUAGCCAUACUGAAACUGAACGAAUCCCUACAGGCAAUUUAGUUCAAUCAACAUGAAUAUUUGCAGGCUGAGUCAAGCUGUUCAAAAUCUAAUGACUCUGAUAUCGAAUCAGUGACCAAACGGAUCCGAACUGCGGAGUUAACAUCACUCUCUAAAGAGCAGCGGGAGUAUGUACAGGCGUUGGCUGGCGUUGACUGUAAGAAACGAAUUGAUGCUCUUCAUGUUGCUAUGUUCAAAGCUGAAUCUAACACGGGGACAGCCAAUGUACGAAACAACCUGCGGCCACUGCUAAAAAAAUAUGAUAUAAAAAUGGAAUCAGAGAAGGAAAUCAAGUCAAUGGAAGAAUUAUACACCGUGAACUAUAUGAGUGCAAUGGUUUCUCUUUCCCAUAAAGCUGCAGCACAUGAUAAAAAUGAAACUAAAAGUGGUGAGCUGUUAGCAAGACGUACCCCAGUAGCCUACUGUGAUGGACAGGAACUGCUAACCAAAACACUUAUAACCUUGAAGAAUACCGGCCAGUUAGAUGUGGGAACUGACAAAACUAUACAUGUUAAGCUGUUUGUAGACGCAGACACGAGCUCCACUAAAGUGGCAGUCAAUGUGCUAAACCAGCCUUCGUGUAACAGCUCGUAUGCCCACCCAAUGCUGGUGUACACCGAAGCUCCGGACCAUCGCAGGAAC